AUGAGAAAGCCUAUUUACAGUUUAUCAAGAAAGUUGGGACGUAUGUCCUGGAACAAAUACAACUUGUACAAUAUCGCACACAAAGAACUCCCCAACUUUAACAACAAGACACUUUUCCAGCAAAAAUGGGUAGCCAAGAGAGAAACCCGUGCUUACCAUGGUGAUGAAGUGACAGAACGUCAAUUCAAGAAUAAAUUUUUCGACCCCAAGCUUCCUACUGUUCAUUCUUCAGCUGAUGCUGGACAAGCUCAUCCCCCUGUUGCUGUCCUCUCUUUUGCUGAAUUGGAACGUCGCUUAGAUUUUGUCGUUUUUCGUUCAAAUUUCUGUCCUUCCAUCUACGCUGCUCGUCAAUUAUGUGUUCAUGGUAAGGUGUUGGUCAAUGGCAAGAAGUUGGCUUAUCCCUCUCACAAAGUCAAGGAUGGUGAUGUUAUUUCAGUGGAUCCUCAAGCUAUUCAAUUUUUGAAGGGUGAAAAGGGCCAAGAGCUUGACUUCACCCCCAAGCCAUUUUCACAACCCUUCCUGUUUGUGCCAGAAUAUCUCGAAGUCAACUACAAUACUUGUCAAACUGUGUUUUUGAGAUCACCCAUCUCCAGACCUGGUCGUACAGAGAUUCCUUCACCUUUCCCUCCUGAAUUCCACUCCCUCGCUUACGAAUACUAUGCUCGUAGCAAGUAA